AUGUUGCUCGUGGGCCUGAAAUACUCGCUGAUUUUGGCCAUUAGCGGCUGCUUUCUGAUCCAUGGAGUCUAUAGUACUGGGACAGAAACUGACCAGGAACUGCCGCAUCGGAUCUACCGACUGCUCGAUGGACUCUCCGGUGGACGCCGAUUGGGAGCCAGCUCCACAUUCGCCCUGCUGCUUUCGCAGUUUCUGAUUAAACAGAAACUGCGCUACGUGGCACCCACGCGUUACGACAGGCAGCUCUACUACCAUCUGCUGCACAGAAUGGAGAACAUCAGGGAGCGAUCGGGAUUGGUCCGGGAAGAGUUGGGAGGAGUCCAGGGAGAUAUCCUCAGCAUUGUUUUUCAAAGGAAUGUGCUGCUGUUGCCUCCUUCGCUGAGACUGGGGGAACUGGAUGCCAAUGCGGAGUACGAGCAGCUGGCUGAGGUCUAUUCAAAAGUCGUCAACGAAGGACAGCUCAACAGGACGCAAUCGGAUCUCUGCCUGCGGAACAUUGUAAAGCUAAAGCCACCAAACUGCAAGCUGGUCUCCAAAGAAUGUUUGGAACUAUUGGCCAGUGAUGCACCAGCCUACGGAUACCAGAGGACACACCAAGUCCUCCUGCUCUACGUUCUGCAGCACCAGGUGUGUGCCCCCCAUCUCAGUCCUCCGCAGGUCUACGAUUUGCUGGCCAGGAGUCAGUGCGACGAGGUGGAACGCGAACAGAACGCCAUCCGGAGCCUGGGGCUGCCGGUCGCCUAUCGCGAUCUGUAUCUGGAGCAAGCCACCAUCUGCGGGCUGUUUGGCUACAAUGAGUUUGUCAACUGGCGCAACGUAAUGGAAAUUGGCAGCUGGCUGGAGGGGGAUUCGCCGAAGGAUAUAUUGGCUGAUGACGACGGCGAUAGUCAGCACAUAAGCGAUCUGGCCUUGGUCUUCUAUAUAAAUGCACUGCUGCUGCUGCAUUGAGCUCUAAUCUAUCGAACGACCCCCUCCAUAAUUUCUGCUUCAGCUUGAUAAGUUAAUAAA